CACAGCGCAAGAUCAGUUUGUUACGUUACGUCGGUAUGACAGGUUUCCUAACCUCAAUAGUCGCCAACUUCAGCGUUUGAUAUCGGUUCGCGGAGCAGAGCGACACUUUUUUUCUGCCAGACUCGUUCGUUUUAUGCAAAAACGCAUCGAAUGAGCCUAAUUUCGUCAAAAUCGAAGGUGAUAAGGGUAUUCUGGAUAAUACCUGCAAAAAUCACUACAGAUUUGAUUUUAUAGGUUAUGUAAUAUCUCGGUUCGCGUAUAAACCUAGAAAAUGUUAAGCAGACUGUUAGAAAAGUGGUUUCAAGUAAGAAACAAACAAGACGCUUUGCACAUAAGGCGAAGACUUUCGCUGCUUUAUGCUUUCAUGGGAUGGAAUGCUUUUGGCGUCUUGUUCUAUAUAAUUAUGAAGGAUCGAAUACCAGAGGACUCUAAAGAACGAAGAAUUGCCUAUGGACUUUUGAGUGGUAUGUCUAGCAAUAUACAUGUAUAUCAAGUAUCAGGUUUGACGCUUACCAAUGAUUUUGAUCUGAAGUCUAGUCAAGAAGAGAAAAAAAGUGAGAACGAAAACACAACUACUAAGACAGACGAUCAUUAGCAAACUUUUUCUCUUUCAAGGAAGAGAUCUUCGUAAGGCAACAGCGCCAACAUUGGAACCGCCAGAUUCUGGAUUCAAUUCCUUCAGUCUCUGUUCCAUUUCGCAUAGCAACGCCGAUCUGAAAAAAAAAAAAUGGAUAUGCAAGAUACAAAAUAUAACUAUAAGAUUGUACAUGCAUCAAGGAA